CUCCUUCAUCCGGGCGUCCCAGCUGCUGCCAUCGCUUCAGUAGGGAGGCUGAGGAGAGACGUCGGCCUAGCUUGGUAGCUACAGUCGGUUAAUUUGACAUCUGAUUUAUUAACAUCCCCACUCUAUUUAACAACAUAGACGACCGGAGGAGUAACUGCUUAUCGUGAAUGGCUCAUAUCGUUUUUAGAAGAAUAGUUUCUCCUACAGCAUCGUGUACACCGAAGAAGAAAUUUGACCCCCAUAGCGUUAUCGCUUAUAGCCAAACUCCAUUUUCCUCUCAGCCGCGUCAAAUGAUUUCCGUCUAACAACGUAGACUUUUUAGGACACUAAAAGAUUCAAACAGGACGGUGUGUGGUGAGAACUCAUCAUGGCCGUGUUCAGCUCCCAGGUGCUGCUUGCAGUCACGAGAUCAAGGGGAUCGUACUUGCUCUCCAAACGACAUAGUUGUCCCCCUCUCUCCUCUUCCUGUAUCCGGUAUCACAUCGCCACGUUGGAGCUCUCGUCCCACAGCACACCCAGACCUCUCUACCUUCACAUCUCCCGCACCGCCAAGCCACAGACCUUCUCCGUCCCCGCUCGGACCCUUCACUCCUCCUGCACCUGGCUCCAGGAAGUGAAGAACACCCCAGCUGAAGGCGAACAGGCGAAGGGGGACGUCGUUCCCGAGCCCGUCAAAGCCGUGGCUCGUAAAUCUCUGGGGCAGAGAGUGCUGGACGAGCUGAAACAUUACUACCACGGCUUCCGGCUGCUGGGAAUCGACACGAAGAUCGCCGGACGCAUGGUGUGGAGGCUGCUGCACGGACAACAGCUCACCCGCAGGGAGAGGAGGCGGCUGAUGAGGACAUGUGCUGACUUGUUCCGUCUCGUCCCUUUCAUGGUGUUCAUCAUCGUCCCCUUCAUGGAGUUCCUGCUUCCUGUCUUCCUCAAACUCUUCCCUGAAAUGCUUCCCUCUACUUUUGAGACGGAGUCCAAGAAGGAGGAGAAGCAGAAGAAGGGACUCGCAGCUAAACUGGAGCUGGCCAAGUUUCUGCAGGAGACGAUCGCUGAGAUGGCCCGCAGAAACAAAGCGGCUGUGGGAGGAGACGAGACGCAGAUGUUCUCCACUUAUGUACAGCAGGUGAGACACACUGGCGAGCAGCCCAGCACGAAAGACAUCGUGAAAUUCUCCAAGCUUUUCGAGGACGAGCUGACACUGGAGCACUUGGAGCGCCCCCAGCUGGUGGCUCUAUGUAAACUGCUGGAGCUGCAGCCCAUCGGCACCAACAACCUGCUGCGCUUUCAGCUCAUGAUGCAGCUGCGCACCAUCAAAACUGACGACGAGAUGAUCUCUAAGGAAGGCGUCUCGGCAAUGACCGUAGCGGAGCUUCAGGCUGCGUGUAGGAGUCGGGGGAUGAGAUCUCUCGGUCUCACCACAGAUCAGCUACGACAGCAAAUCCAACAGUGGCUGGAUCUGCACUUGAAGGAAAAUGUUCCUCCAUCUUUGCUGCUACUUUCCAGAGCCAUGUACCUGACGGACCUCAAACCUAAACCUCCCGUUAUUCCUCCCGUGCCCAAACUGGAGAAAUCUCCUGUUGAGAGUGAAGCUACAGCAAAGUCCCUUUCCUCUUCUGUGGAAAUGCUGAUCGACUCCGCCCCCGUCAUCAAGGACAGGAAGGCGGAGGAAUUGGCGGAGAAACAACGUGAUUUGGACAUGCCAUCACCAGAGGCUCAGUUAAUCCAUGCUAAAGGCGCGGAAAUGGCGCAGAAAUCCAAGAUGAGUGCCAAUGGACUUUGAAAGGCUUCUCCUGGAAAAUUCUCAUUGGGGUCUUCCUCAUCUGCCAUGAGGGCACGCACUCACUUGCUGUCGCGUGCUUUCUCUCUCUCUCUCACACACACACACACACACACACACUCCAGGAUCUCAGCGAUGGACUCCGAAGCGCCUGUGCCCUCCUCCUGUGCACCGUGGCCUAUUAUUUUAAAAUUUAUUUUCCUGUUCACAUAAAAUGGAAAACUAGAACAUGAGCUGAGGUGAGAGUCAGAGAGCGGUGCUUAAGAUAAUGUACAGCUAAAGAAUAAUUUCCGUUCUUAUUGUGUACAUUUGUAAAUAAACUGUAAAAUAUUACCGGCACAUUAUUAAUAAUAAUGAUAGUAUUAUGAAGACAUGCUCCUCCUUUGGACGCGCAGCUGUACCGUAUUUAUACAGCUGAGAAUCUGGCAUGCUGUUUAUUUUUAUUUUAUUUUUAUAUCAUUCAUGUCCGAGUGUAAGCAGGUCGCGUUUCGUUUCCUCCGUGGACGGAAUGUCAAGUUUACUCAAGCUGUGUCGAGUCCUCGGCAUUGUAGGAUGAAAUAAACCAGCUCUCAGUAGUGCACUCGAAUUUUCAGACCCGCUUGUGUGUUUGCAUAAAAUAGUGCGAUCGUAAAGGAUAUAUUUUUGGAAACAGAAUUUAAGCAGCUGCCUUUUUUCACUAUGUAAAGAUCAGACAGUGUUUGUAUUUUAACUGGAUUAUAUACAUUAAUAUGUCUGUAAAAGUUUUUUUUUAGACAAUUUAAAGCCCUAAUCAGGAGUCUUGCAAGAAAAAUAUGUAGCAUUUUCUUUCUUCUUCUGGUGUUUGGGUGAAUUGUAAGUGUGUGGGUAACACCAACCCAACCCCCCAUUGCAUUUGUUAAAAUACUGACGGUAUGGAAAAAUGUAAAUUGUAAAAAUAAAUGAACAAAAACAAUAGCAUCUGUAGAAGUACUUAAUAACUUCUGGGGUUUUUUUCCAUCAUAAUUUUAGUUUUGUAGGUGUAGAAGCGUUUUUAUAUUUUGAAAUCAAAAACCACAUACUGUAGUCCAACCUAUUAAACCGAGAGACUGUCCAGAAAGCUUGGAUCGAGAUGUAACAACGUUUGCUAGAUAACUGGCUACGAGUUGCUUUCGAUUGAUUCGUUUUAGAUAUGAGCCUGUAUAAUCUAAGACCUUUUUAAUAACGGGUUAGAGCCGGACUUCUCAGCCAUUUCGCAGUCAGGGACCCUUUUAGCUGUAAAAUAAAUUCUAAAAAAGUUUAUAAAUGAUAAAAAUAAUCAAUUCCAUUCCCUCAGCACAGAUUCAUUUUAAGAACCUAAUUCUACAUUGAUGUAAACAUGUACUAUUUCUAGUAUCAGCAAGCCCACAUUGGAUAUAACCUCCACAUCUGCCUUCAGUUUGUUAACACAUCUCAUCUUUCACCAUUAAACCUCCUGAAAAAUAUUUGCAGAUGUGUAGUUUUACCAGUUCUGUGCUGUGUGUCUGAAAUUGCUCCCUCACUCACUCUAUAGUUCACCAUUUUACUAUAUAGGACACUGUGUAAGGCAUUAUGGGUAAUAGUGCACUAUCCAGGGAAUGUAAUUUGUUGACAGUUUGCUUUUUUAUUAUUAUUAUUUAUUUAUAUUUUUUAAAAAUUUUUUUUAUAACACACAAGAAACAACCCAAAAAACCCCCCAAAGGACUCAAUUAUAGCACUAUAUGGUACCUAACCCUGCACUAUAUGGUAAAUAUAUAUAUGUUAAGAAACAAAUUAAGCCACGUCUCUGGGUGUUAUCUGGCUCCUGCUCUCCUGCUGGAUAUAUUUUAUUAGUGUUAAACCCACAGUUAGAAUAAAACCGAGCAGAAAAAAACAGGUUUAUAGAGAGUGAUCACGCCUUUCUGUUUUUACUGUGUUUAUUUGAAACUGAGAACUAGCUAGAGAUGAUGUUGAAACCCUGUAAUGUGGGUAUUAGCAGUCUUUGAUUCCUCAUUGGGGCUUUAAGAGAGAUUUAAUAUGCUACUUUUACUGGAGAAAUGCGUACAAUUCUGUUAUUCAUGAGCACCCUGCUCCCUGUGCGAUAAAGUAACGCCAUUUAAGAUAGCCAAGGGGAUUAAAUGAGGGCUUGUGAGAAACAGGACUGAAACACAGCCUUACUUUUUGAGAUAUUUUUUUUUUGUUUUUGUUUGUCUUUUAGCUUAAGUUUUGUUCAAUGAAAAUGCAGAACCUCAUUUCCAAAGCGUAGCAGCAGCACACGUUUGCGUGUUAUCAUGGCUUCUAACUCUACAAUGAUCAAAAUAAUAAUAAUAAAUCCCAGAGAAUGUGGUGCAAGACAUUUGUAUGAUCCAAAAUGAGUGGUGGGCGUGGCCUAAUAUUCUAACCUGUACUAUGUCUAGUUCUGAUGAAUGUGUGCAGGUGUCACGAGAGAUCGCAGAUGUGUAUGGUGAGGUGGAAUGUGUAUAUAAGGUUUAUCCAAUGUUAGCUCCGCCCACUUUACAUUGAAAGGCAAGAAACUGCCAAACUAUGUAGAAA